UUAUACAUCGUCACAGUUUAUCGUCACUACUCCCACUGACGCCAUUUCCUGUUUUCUUCCAGGAACCACAACCACGAAUUCCAAGUAAUGGCACACCUCACACCUGCCAGUAAUAUGACCCUAUUUUGCAAUAUUCGGUUCAACAUUCGUGAAUUGAAGUUAAAACUGACUAAUUCGACUAUGGAAAACCUCAAUUGAAUUUGGAUUAUAUAGUCCAGUUAAGGACAAUGAAACCACAGAAGAAAAAACGGAAAACUGUCGGCCUGAAACAAAAAGAAAACACGCAAUGGCACAAGGGCACACUAUGUCCAAUCAGAAACGAGAAAUCUAUCUUUAUAAAACCCCGGAAUGUCUUACCAGAGGAAUAUAAUCAAAACAAAGAUGUGUUCAUGCAUCCUGACAACGUAUCAAAAUACGUGCUGCCUUUAAAAGGUGGGGAUUCGGUGGAAUUUGUGCUAGGAGAGAGGGAUAAAGAAAGGCCAAUGGCACGGAAAGUAAAGCUGCAGCAAUAUUCCAAGCGAAGCUGUCAAGAACUACUGGAUUACAUUGCGAAAUAUACGCAGGAUUUACAAUCACCAGACUGUAAAAAAGUUCUUAUGGAAACUUUAUCCAAUACAAUCAUGUGGAAUUUCCUCGCUUCGCCUGCUUUUGCGGAAGAUAGAGAUGAUCCGGAAGCUGUACAUUACGUUGAAGAACUUCUUCGUCUGCUGAAAUUGAUUUUGCGUGUUGGGAAGGGUUCGAAAAAUCUUGUCGAAGAGGCUAUUAAGACGGUGGUUCAAGGAACAUUGUUUAAGGCAUCCAACGAUAAAAGUCUCCCUAAGAUGGUCAAAUCAAGCCGCUAUAUUCCAGAGCGGGAUGUAUUUUACCUCCGAGAUGAGCAAAUUCUUUUAUCAGCAGAGCUCAUUCGAGGUUUUUGCCACGAGGUUAUUCGCCAAGUCCCGACUGUUUCACGCUGUCUGUUGCCCGUAGUUAGUGCUAUCAAUGAAAGGAUACCAAACCCAUCAAGUUUUCUAUUUGAGUUCCUAUCUCUUGCUUUAUCUGGAGAAAGCAGUAUGAUUGCUGAUGAAGGAGUAUGGCAAGAACUACCGUUUAUUCCAACUGAUCAUGAGUUAGCUGGCAAUCUGGUUGAAGCAGACAAACAUCUUUCCCCAGUGAAGAAUUCCUACCUCGAUCCAGAGUCUUACAUGGAUACAUACUUCAGGCUGCUUCGUGCCGAGACCUUCUCGGCCAUACAACAUGGAAUCAAAGAGCUCAAAGAUUGUGAACUGGACGAAAGAGAUAUGAACGUGUAUCAUAAUAUCCACCUGGCUGGUUUUGAGAUCCAACAUGGCCGUUUCUCUCUUGCCGUUCACUUCUCUCCAGCUAGAGAUGUCAAGAAAUGGGAAGCCUCGCCUCAACUCAUGUUUGGAAAUUUGGUGUGCAUCUCACUGAACCGAAAGUUUGAUGAUGUCAUAUGGGCCGUGGUGUCCAAUAGAGACACAGAUAUCUUGAACAAACACAAGAUCAUCAUGUUAGAGUUGAUAGACGAAAACACCAAGAAAAUGAGUCAGAUAAUAAGUUCCCUUCAAGCUCAUGCAGGUUCUGGAGUCAUGGUCGAAUCACCGACCUACUACCACUCCCUGAGUCCUAUCCUGCGAAGUUUAAAAGAAUUCGACAUGGAAAGUUUCCCACUUCAGGCAGAAGUUGUUUACGCCGACAAGACAUCUCAACAGCCAAAUUACCUCCGGCACGCGAAUACAGUGGAUACUAGUCCUAUAUACAAAGAGAGUCCAUCAAAAAGAGGAUUUUUUGCCUCGUGGAUGUCUCCCAACGAUAUCUCCAACGGGACAAUGGACUUUGCACGAUUUUUAGAAGUCUUCAAUGCGCAUUCCAGCACAUCCUUGGAGGCAAGCCAGACCGAGGCUUUGAAACAGGCUCUCACGAAUAGACUGGCUAUUAUACAAGGUCCACCUGGCUGUGGUAAAACUUUCAUUGGAGUGAAAAUCGUUCAGCUGUUGUUAUCCCUUUCUCCGAAACUUGGGAAACCAAUCUUAUUGCUGACCUACAAAAACCACGCCCUAGACGAGUUCCUGAAACACAUGUUGCAAUUCUGUUCGAUAGAUGAUCUGGUGAGAAUUGGCAGCAGGUCCAAAGAGCCAGAGUUGGAGCCUUGUAAUCUACAGGAAAUCAUGAGAUCACUGAUGAGGGACAAGAGUUACAGCAAAGCAAUGUUCGCUGAAAUCCAAGAUACGAGGAAUGAGAUUGAUGAAGUGCAACAACGGAUCAAAGAGCUGUCAUCUCAAGUUGAUGCAAGCAGUCAUUUGACAAAGAAAAGUUUCAUUGAUGAUCUUAGUGAGGAGCAGUUGCGUUCACUUCUCGUCGAGGCCGCCUGGGGAAGGAGUGGUCGACUAAAAUACCGUGUGAACUCUAAUACGUUUGUCGAUAGGGCGUGGGCUAAUAAACUGGUCGACGAAAUCGGGCUGUGUUUUGGGUCAAUAAAAAAUCUCUUCCAAAUGGGAGGUGCAGUCAAAGACGAAACCACCACACAUUGCUUUAAAAUGUUCGAGAUAGCGUUUGAAGCGUGGCUACCGAACAGGCAGGAUCUUCGACGUAUGAAAGAGUUUCAUGCUCAAUUUGUUCUGCAAGUUCGCAGCGAGCGCAGAGAAGAGGACGAUGCUUCCAACGUGACUGACGAUGGUGACGAUCAAGAUAGUGGUGAUGAAGAACACGUGAAAGAGUUACUUGAAACAAGAAUGAUUGCUGGCUUCAAGCAAGGUGAGCGGUCAAAAGACGGUGUGGUCCUUUUCAAGUCCGUUAAAAACAACGACAAAAAGGGCGUCUUGAUCGAGAUCUCCGAUUAUCCCAACGAUAUGCAAGUCAAUCCACAAAUUCGCCUUGUGAAGAAUCUUUGGAACUUAAACGAGAUUGAAAAACUACAGUUCCUUCAUUGUAUUCUGAACGAAAAAACAUCCGGCGCUUCGGAAGAAUUUGACGAGCUCAUUGAAAAGCUAGAACUGCUGAAGAAACGAAAGGAAGAAAUGGAAAUGAAUAAAAAGGUUGAAAUGCUGUUACAGAAAAAGAUCAUCGGUGUGACCAUCACUGGAGCAUCAAUCAAUCAUGAUCUUCUUCAUCAGAUCGGUCCCAGUGUUGUGAUUGUCGAGGAAGCCGCUGAAAUCCUGGAACCAAGUCUUCUGGCUGCGCUGACGUCAUCUUUAGAGCAUCUCAUUUUAAUUGGCGACCACAAACAACUUAAACCUCAAGUGGACACCUAUGAGUUGCGCAGAGACUUCCAGUUUAACAAGUCCAUGAUGGAGAGAUUAAUCGAUUCUGGAUUCCCUUUCAAAUCGCUAACGAAGCAGAACCGGAUGCGACCCGAAUUUUCAGCUUUGCUGCACGAUAUCUACCCAAAUCUUGAAGAUAACUUGGAAAUGGUUUCCCUGAAUCAGCCUUUGAAGUGCAUUAAAAAGUCGAUGUAUUUCUGGUCGCAUGAAUCUCCUGAAAAGCACGAACGCACCUACACGAAUGUCGAGGAAGCCGACCGCAUCAUAGCUCUGGUUUUGUAUCUUUUGUGGAAUGGCUGCCGCCCGUCAGAAAUAACGGUUCUUUCCGCCUAUCUCGGACAGACUAAACUUCUCAGAAACCAGUUGAAGAAAGCUAAAGCCAAACAUCAGGAAUUAUUCCAAGAAACCGCCGCCGAUGAUAAUGUUGCCGAUGAUGAAGACGGUGGAUUGAAAGACGGAUUCGUGCAAGUCCAAACAAUCGACAUGUAUCAAGGAGAUGAGAAUAAAUACAUUCUUGUUUCGCUCGUGCGAUCGAACAAGAAUAAUAAAAUUGGGUUUCUGAAGGAGUGGAAUCGUCGUUGUGUAGCACAGUCAAGGGCAAAGUGCGGCAUGUACUUUGUCGGAAAUCUAAACGUCCUAAGAGACGCAAGGAAUUCUCCCUGGUACAGGAUGAUAAAUUCAAUGAUUGGACAAGAAUGCGCUGGGUACACGAUCCCUCUUCGAUGCUCCAAACACGCGACAUCAAUAUACGAAGCCAUCGAUGCUGACGGGGUGAAAGAAGUCAUGACAAAUCCUAAAAGCCUGUGCAAAGAGAGAUGCGGUGUUGUUUAUCCCUGUGGCAUUCAUUGCUGCAAGCGAUCCUGUCUUCCCAGUCAUUCCCACGCGUCUUGCGUUGAAAUUGUUGAUGACUGGUUUCCCGGCUGCGGCCAUCCGGUUAAACGCAAAUGCGUGCAACCUCUUUCCCAGAUGCUUUGUAGGACAGAAGUCAAAGUUUGCCUUCCGUGUGGACACGAGGCGAAGAAGGAAUGCCAUCAACGAACGUGUGACAUUCUCUGCCAUGAACCUGUCGUCGAUACCUUUCCAAAAUGUGGCCAUAAAACAGAGAGGAAAUGCUACGUGAAGAUUGAAUUUCUCUCGUGUGAACAUCCGUGUACAAAAAUGAAUUCCUGUGGUGUUCAUCGAUGUGUCGAUAAGUGUGGCAAGGCUCAUCGCCAUGACAGUUGCCAGAAGAUGAUAGACUACACUUUUCCUGUUUGCAAACAUCCCUCGCCGAAAAGGAAAAAGUGUUCGGAAGAUAUCGCUUGGAACUGCACUAAAACGGUCUACUUCACCGGAAUAUGUCAACACCCUAUCGCGAAGCAAUGCUAUCAACAAGAUGGCGAAGUCAAAUGCCCUGUCAAACCGUGUGGAAAGAAACGAAAGUGUGGUCAUCCUUGUACGAAUACUUGCGGGGACGAUUGCGAGAAAGGUGACUGCAGGAAUUGCCAUGAUAUACACAAAGAAAAGAUGAGAAAAUUCCACGAAGAUGCAAAGAAGAGAGUGAAAGAUCUUGAAGAUAAGAUAACAAGGAAAACGGUGUCAACGUUUUCAAUCGAUGAGGUUCACUCGAGAGGCUCAUCAGCUGCGGAAUAUCAGAUGGUUAACGACCUGGUCGUUAAAUUUACUCAAAAAAUGCACAACUGGUUCCCAAAAAUCACCAAGAUUGAGAAAGUCACCAAUCUUGUUUUGGAAAAGAAAUUUGAAGAAGCGAAGUCGAAGGCAUUUGGUGAUUAUAUCGCUCAAAAAUUCCAUGGUACUGAUGAUAAUGGCGUAAGGGGUAUAACGCAAAAUGGAUUCAGAAUGCCAGAUCCUAAUCCACCAGCCAACAAACGAGGUAUGUAUGGUCAAGGAAUAUACUUUGCGACAGAUUCCUCCAAAAGCGCUCAAAACAUUUACACCAAAGGUUCCCAGAAACUUCUACUUUGUCUGGUUAUUCUCGGAAAGUCAAAAACCGUUCAGCAAUCGGACUAUAAUUUAAACAAGCAGAAGUUGCGAUCUCAUGGAUACGACUCCGUUUUUGCCCCACGUGGAACAGCUGUGAAGAACGAUGAGUUUGUGAUCUUCGAUCCAGACCAAGCUCUUCCUCAGUACAUCAUCCAUUUCUCUGACCUUAAUACUGUUCUCCCACCCUCUCCGUCAAAUCUUGCCGCACCACAACAGCCACUUACCAUAAGAAAUAUGCUGCCAACAAGAACAGUGAAUUUCCAGGACCCGUUCGAAAUGUAUUACAGCUUCGCCGAGUCCCAUUUCAGAAGAAUGGCAGCUAAGGGUAAUCCACCGUUGACCGCGCAACAAGCUAAGAUUUCCUCCAUCGACAUCGUCAUUAACAACGUUCUUGAGACAAAGUUCCAAGCAACUAAAAGAAAAUUUCAAGCUCAAGGCAUCCCCGACCGAGAAAUUCUAGCUUAUCAUGGGACCGCGCCGAACAAUAUACAGAGUAUUUUGCAAAACAACCUUCAACUAAGUUUCGCCCGUAGACAGGCCUACGGUAGAGGGAAUUAUUUCUCAGAAUUCCCAGGUAUCAGUUUAGGUUAUGGACAUGGUCUCCUUCUGUGUCGUAUUCUGCCCGGAAAAGAAUUCGUAAAUACCAGUAGCUCUAACAUUCCUGUUGGAUACAACUCAAAGAAAGUUUUGUUAACUGGUCAACCCGCAGGUGCCGCAGCGAACGCUAAUGGGGAAAUGAUUAUUAUUGACAAUUCUGAUCAAAUCUUGCCUUUCUACGUUAUUCAUCGUUGAACAAACAUUGAUCGAAUGAAA